AUGUCUACGUUUGCGAGGACAUGUUUCAACGCCUCUGCGUACUCUGCAUUGCGUCCCAAUUACCCAUCCAAACUCUUCAAGUGCAUCUUCAGUUAUCACAUACGCUCGGGCAGCGCUCGGUGGGAGCGAGCGGUUGACAUGGGGUGUGGUACAGGUGAGAAGGGAUUUCUUUCAAGAUUUUGUAGUACUUCAGCUUUAACUCUUGCGCGUGAAACUAUCCACGCAGGUCAAGCAACUCCACAUCUAAGCCCAUUUUACCAAGUAAUUGGAAUAGAUCCUUCCGAGGGGAUGCUUCAAAGGGCGUGCACUUACGUCACUUCUCUGGAUAUUGCGCCCAGCGGGAAGGAAGAGAGAUUCAAAUUCCUCAAAGGCUCGGCUGAAGACCUUCAUUUGACCGUCGAAGAUGGAAGUGUAGAUUUAUUGAUUGCCGUAAAAGUUUGGCCAGAAACACAACGCGUUCUGCGUAAAGGAGGAACGGCUGCGUACUGGGUCUACGCGGAAUUUCGCCUGCCAGCAUAUCCUUCGCUGACACCGCUGAUUACAUCCUACCAUCAAGGCUCAGAUUCCAGGAGUAGCGUUGGAAUGUAUUUUCAACGUCCAGGAAGGACCAUAUUGGAGCGGAUGUUGGUUGACAUCCCAGACCCCGCCGCUGUACUUGGGGGAAAAUCUGAAUUGGGGGACGUGCAGAGGAUGUAUUUUUUCGGAACUGAUAGUCCACCGCCGAUAACACUGCCACCUGGCCACAAUCCUCAGCUUUCACUCAUGCGUAAAGAAAUGAGCUGGCGUGACCUUUUGGGAUACUUUAGGACUGCGAGUGCACUUCAUACUUAUCAUGAGAAGCAUCCAGAAGAUCUGGAUUCCGAAGAGGACGUGAGGUUCCUGGCGGACGAUAUCGAAGCGGCAAGCCUCGAGGGUGAAGGUGGAUCAUGA